CAGCUGUCAGCACACCUCAACUAAAUUUUUACUCCUUUCAUUUACGGGGCUCAGCCAAAACGGGCUCAAACCCAUGUAACUCUCUCUCUCUCUCUCUCUCUACAUUCCGAACCCCAGCAUUGCAAUGAAAUUACAAAAGUGGCUCGAAUGAAUUUACACUCGCAAGCCAUCGGAACCACUCCGAGCAACUAGUCUCUGAUCGGAGAAAAGGGGACAGUAUGGGGAUUUGCACCUCGAAACCCCCAAAGCCCAACCCCUACGCCCCCUUCACCGAAGAACAACAAACAGAACAAGCCCUAGAGAAACGACACUCCGACAAGCCCUACGAAACUCCGGCGAGGGGUUCCCGCCGGACCUCCGAUGCCGACGCCGUGAAAAAGUCCCCGUUCUUCCCGUUCUACAGCCCCAGCCCGGCCCGCUACUUCUUCUCUAAGAAGUCUCCGGCGCCUCCGUCGUCGGCGGCGGAGAGCGCGACCUCGACGCCGCGGAGGCUGUUCAGGCGGCCGUUCCCGCCGCCGUCUCCGGCGAAGCACAUAAAGGCGUUCUUGGCGCGGCGGCAGGGGGCGGGCGAUGCGGCGGUGAUACCGGAGGGGGAGGAGAGGGAGGGAGGAGGAGGCGAUACAGCGGCGGCGGCGGGGCUUGAUAAGGGGUUUGGGUUCUCGAAGCAGUUCACGAGUAGGUAUGUGGUUGGGGAGGAGGUGGGGAGAGGGCAUUUUGGGUAUACUUGUUCGGCCAUGGCUAAGAAGGGGGAGCUCAAGGGUCAGCAGGUUGCUGUCAAAGUCAUACCCAAAGCUAAGAUGACGACAGCUAUUGCGAUUGAGGAUGUGAGAAGGGAGGUGAAGAUACUACGGGCAUUGGCAGGACAUAAGAAUCUUGUGCAAUUCUAUGAUGCAUUUGAAGACCAUGAUAAUGUCUAUAUAGCCAUGGAGUUGUGCGAAGGAGGGGAGCUUUUGGAUAGAAUACUGUCAAGGGGUGGGAAAUACUCUGAGGAUGAAGCAAAGGCUGUCAUGGUACAAAUUCUUAAUUUUGUCGCAUUUUGUCAUCUCCAGGGUGUGGUGCAUCGAGAUCUAAAACCAGAGAACUUUCUGUUUACCUCCAAGGAUGAGCACUCCCAGUUAAAAGCAAUAGACUUUGGAUUGUCAGAUUUUGUCAGGCCAGAUGAAAGGCUUAAUGACAUCGUUGGGAGUGCGUACUACGUGGCACCUGAAGUCUUACACAGAUCAUACAGUACAGAAGCUGAUGUGUGGAGUAUAGGAGUGAUAGCAUACAUUCUUCUAUGUGGCAGUCGCCCAUUUUGGGCCCGGACCGAGUCUGGUAUUUUUCGGGCAGUUCUAAAAGCUGACCCAAGUUUUGAAGAAGCUCCUUGGCCUUCUUUAUCUUCAGAGGCUAAGGAUUUUGUCAAGCGUCUAUUAAAUAAAGACCCUAGGAAGAGGAUGAGUGCCGCGCAGGCUUUAAGUCAUCCCUGGAUUCGAAACUGUAAUGAUGUAAAAGUGCCUCUUGAUAUUCAUGUAUUCAGAAUCAUGAAGGCAUAUAUGCGAUCUUCAUCUCUGCGUAAGGCUGCUUUGAGGGCAUUGUCUAAGACAUUGACGGGUGAUGAACUCUUCUAUCUAAAGGAGCAAUUUGCACUAUUGGAGCCAAACAAAAAUGGUAGCAUAACAUUAGACAGUGUUAAAACGGCCCUGAUGAAAAAUGCAACGGAUGCAAUGAAGGAUUCUCGCAUCCCCGAUUUUCUUUCCUCGCUGAAUGCACUGCAAUACAGAAGAAUGGAUUUUGAAGAGUUCUGUGCAGCUGCAUUAAGUGUAUAUCAGCUGGAGGCACUUGAUCGCUGGGAACAACAUGCUCGUAGUGCAUAUGAAAUUUUUGACAAGGGAGGAAACCGGGCUAUUGUCAUUGAGGAACUUGCAUCGGAACUUGGCCUAAGCCCCUCAGUUCCAGUUCAUGCUGUCCUCCAUGACUGGAUACGGCAAGCCGAUGGAAAGCUCAGUUUCCUUGGGUUCAUCAAAUUGUUACAUGGUGUGUCCAGCCGAACCCUUGCAAAGGCACAAUAAAAAGCGAAACACGCCUGGGAAAAUCUCCAGGAAGUUUAACUUUUAUGGUCUUCAUCCAAACAAAAGGAGUCAGAAGUCGUUUACAGAGACAGGUGCUUUGAUUCGUUUUCAAGGGCUUGGCACACUGGAAAGUUUGGACCCCUGCAAUUUGAUUUGGCUCAAGUCUUGAUUCACGAUUCUUAUGCUGAUGCUUGAACUUCACACGGAAUUUGCACAUUCAUGUUGUGCUCUGUUCGAAGCCGGUCACCAAAAUUACAGUUAUUGUGCCUGUUCAGACGGGAACCUUUUUAUUGAUGGAGUGUCAUUUAUGUGCUUUUCAUUCUGUUUUUAAUGUAUGCAAUUGAAUACGCGUUGGUUUCUCUCAGAAGUAUAAUGAAAGUUCCCUUUUUCUUUUGGCCA